AUGAGAUCAUGGGUGCUCGUGUUUCAGAGCUUUUUGUUCUGCGCGGGUGAGUCAUGGAAGCUUCGAGGUGGUGGACCUAACCUGGCCAUGCUGCAGCUGGAAGAUGCUGCAUAUCCCUUUGGAAGUGGUGGCCUGUUCAGGAAGAAGAAGAAGGCAGGAGCCCCGCACCCAGAAAUUCACAAAGCUUUGCAUAAGAACAUGGAUUUCGAAGCUCAGCGAGAUCCCGGUGACACGGAUGCUGUGGUGAUCGAGCAGACUUUCGACUUGCUGGAUACGAAUUAUGACGACAGCCUCUCUAGAGCAGAGUUCAUUGCCGGCGCCAUCCGAAACAGUCCUGCAAGCCGCGCAUCGCUGGCUGACAUUUUCGAAGCCAUGGAUGGUGACGGGGAUGGCAGCAUCUCACGCACCGAGUUUGUCACUGCAGCGCGAGGAUCUAAAGAGAUGCUUGGGCUCUCUCCAGCCUUUCACACCGCGGAUGCAGAUGGUGACGGCUGGAUCUCACAGGACGAGUUCCUGUUCUCGGCUCGUCAGUUCUAUCCCCGCGACUGGCAGACCAGUGAAAAGCUAAUUCCGCUUUUCCACCUGCUGGAUACCGACUCUGACGGACGCCUUUCCCGUAUAGAGUUUAUCAAGCAGGCAGAUGGUGGCCCAGUGCUGUCCGCAAAGAAGCCUCAGGCAAAGCCAAAGGCCGUACCCACAGUACAAAAAGCCACACAGAGCAAGACCACAACUUCAUCUCCAGCUGCGAAAAGCGCCAUCUCGAAGGAGGAAGUCGACCAGAUCAAGGAGGCCCCUAAGAAAGCUUUAGAGAAAGCUGUAGAUGAAGCUCAGGGCUGGAAGGAGCUUGCAAAGAGCAUAGUGCGUGAGACAGCGGCAGCUGUCCGGGAUGCUCUUCGCCAGGAGCUAGGGCGCGAAAGAAAGCCCCUGAAUGCACCCGCCAAGGCAGCUCUAGAGGCCGCCAAGGUUGCAGGGCUGCCGAAGGCAGUUGCGGCAACGGCCGCAGCUGAGGUCGCAGCCGAAGCUGCAGCAGAAGAGGAGGAGAGCAGGGGCAGCUCGGCGCGCACAAUCGGAGCAGCAGCGGCCACGGCCGCUUUGAAGGCUGCCAAAGCUGCGGGGCUUACAACUGCUGAGGCGGAGGUUCGCUCGGCCAGUGUUGCCAGCGAAACGGCUGCAAAAAAGGCGUUGGUGAGCUCCAAGGAAGUCGAAGAGACGGCAGCUUUUGCAGCCAAGGCUGCCUUUUCGGCUGCAAUCGACUCAGGGCUGAGUACCGCCUUGGCCGCACAGGCUGCAGCCGAGGCGGCCGGGCAAGUGAUCGCAAAGCAUGCCCAGAUCUCCAAGAGCUCGGGGACCAUGGACAGUACCCAGAAAAAGGAGAGUGCCGCGCAAGCUGCGGAACGAGCGCUGAAGGAGGCCCAUGUGGAGCCGAAGCUGGUCGUGGACACGGCGAGCACAGCUGUAGGCACCGCGGCCGCCGAGGAGGUGAGGGAGGCUGGUGGUGGUACCCCAGAGGUAGCUGCAGCGGCAGCGAAGGCCGUGUUCCAGUUUGCCACCGACACAGGAGCAAAUCCCAAAGAGGCCGUCAAGAAAAGCGCGAUUGCGGCAGGAGAAGCAGCUGUAAAGAUUGCUGUUUCUGAAGGAAAGACUAGCAAAGAGGUAAUCAGAACCGCGGUUGGUGCAGCCACUGAGGCCUUGGAGAAGCUGGGCAACAACAGUCCCACGCAGCAAGUCGACGCUUCAAUGGAAGCUGCAAAGAAAGCCGUGGGCACACAACUCACUCCUAGACAAACUUUGUCUGUAGCAGCCGCUGAGGCCGCGACUGCUGCUGUAGAAGCAGGAUCUAAGAAGUCCGUGAUUGAAGUAGCGUCAUUGGCGGCAAGGUCGACAUUGCAAGCAGCGGCCAAGAUGGGCCUGACAGCGACUGAAGCCUCUUUACCAAUUGCCAAGGCAGCAGGAGAGGCAGCAGUUCGGUCCGGGGAUCUACGCUUCAUGAGCACUGACGAGAUUGUUUCUGCAGCAGAUGCCGCCGUGCGGCAGCUCUUCCAAGAAGAGUCAACCCCUGAGAAGCAGUCAAUUGCUGCGUUGGCAGCGGGCAUGGCAGCGGCCAACAGUGCCAGAGACAGUGCGAAGAGGCAUGAGCUCUCUGCACAAGCAGCGGCGCAUGCUCAGAAGGCUGCUUUGAAGGCAAGAUUGGGCAAUGUCCGAGCUGGUGUAGCCGCUGCCACUGUGGCCGCUGCAGCGCUGGUGGAUUCUGCUGGCGAGCCACAGGAAGAACAGGAACAGGAAGAAGAGGCGACAAAGGCAGCUCUGGCUGCCGCAGAGGCGGCCGGCAUGACAUCGUUGCAGGCAGUUGAGGCAUCAAAGGCCGCUGUGGCCGAAGCCAUUAGCUUUGCAAUCCCUGUUGACGUGUUAGCUAAAGCUGGCAAGGCAGCAAAGAAUGCUGCGGAGCAAAAGCACUCACAGAAAGAUUCCUUUGAUGAAGCUGUGACUGUUGCAAAGCUGGCUGGUAAGGCUGCAAGACUGGCAGGCAUGAGUUUGCAACAGGUCGCUGUGGUGGUUGGGUCCAAGGCUGCCACCGCAAUCUUCAGCUUUGCUAGCAUCGAUGCGCCAGCAGUUCUCACGCAGAAGGCUGUCAAAGCUGCUCUCCGGGCAUCUUUGGCUUUAUCCCUAACGCCUGAACAGGUGGGUUCAGCUGCUGUCUAUGCAGCUGCUGGCGCUGCAGCCAAAUCUCAGAAGGUGUUCUUCCUUAACACGCAGGAGGCUGCCGAGCUGGCUGCCAAGGCAUUGAAAACGGUCAUGGAGGCUGCAGAGAAAGAGCCAGAAAAGGAUGAAAAAGACCAGCUGCUCCUCCUCGACACCGAAAACGUGCCGGAAGGGGUGGCAGCUGUGCCGAGCCUCGCGGAGCUAGUGAAGGGCUUGUCCGGGGAGGUGAGGAAGGUUCUGUCGGCCACGGCGGCGGGGAACGCGGCGGAGCAGAUCGCCCAAAGCGCCGGCCUCGACCAGCCACAAGUGGAGCGGGCGGCCGCCACGGCAACGCAGCAAGUGGCCCUGUCCCUGAAUCUGCCACCCCCGAAGGCAGCCAAUCUUGCUGCUGUUGCUGCAGGGUCCGCUGCUGGAAGGGCAGCUGCAGUGCAAGGAUUGGAGGAGAAGCAAGUUGCUGUGGUGGCCGCUGAGGCCACAGUGCAGGCAGCCAAGUCUGCUGGGCUUCCUGCCCAACAGGCCAAGGAGAUAGCCGCCGCUACCGCUGCUGCUGCUGUGGCGGAAGGUGCUGCGCAUGCCAGCGUGAUUGAGACCAGUCAGGAAGAGAUCACAAGGACAAAGCCCUCAUCGAAGAGCCACGAUGACUUCAGCCGACUGGACAGAAACGGCGACGGACGGCUCAGUGCAGAUGAGCUGAAGAGCUGGAAGCCGGUGGAUGACUUCACAAUGCUAGAGCGGAAUGGAGACGGCGAGCUCUCCAUGAAGGAGUUUCAGAAGUGGAACCCGCAGUUCGCGAAUGUCUUGACAGCGAAGAAAGCUUCUGCUCUGAGUCUGUCUCAUAUUGCACAGCCAGCGGCCUUCGACAAGUUUGAUGCGUUAGAUAUGAACCACGAUGGCAAAAUCAGUCCUGAUGAGCUCAAGUCCUGGAAGCGACGUGACGCUUUCAGCGUCCUCGAUGUGAACCACGACGGACACAUCUCGCCAGACGAGCUGCGCCUGUGGCACGUGGGCACAGGCCCAGGUGACAAGGCGGCCGAUGGCGCCAAUGGCAUGCAGAGAGUGGAGACCAUGCUUGCUAACGCGCUGCAAUCGACAUUGGUGUGA